UAUAUUAAGCCCCCUAGAUUUCCCCUACUUUCUUCCAUUCCUCAAUAUGUCUUGUACUACUAAUUCAUUCCCCAUUAAGGUAGCAAUAUAUCAUCCCAAAACCAAGCCAAAAUCUACAAAAAAGAAACAUUACAUCCCAACACUUUGUUCACCUUCAUCUUCAAAGCAUAAUCCACUUCUUUCAAAUUUCAACUUGUUAAAAGCAGCAAUGAAAAUCUCAAUACCAACAAUACCACCAUCUUUUUUCUCUGCUAUUGCUUCUGUGCCCCACUUGACCGACAUCAUAGACCCUCCGGUUCAUCCUUCGGUGGAUCCACAGCAUGCCUUCACCGGCAACUUUGCUCCGGUGGAUGAGCUCAGUCCGACAGAAUGCCCCGUUAUAGAGGGCAAGAUUCCACUCUCUCUGAACGGCGUUUACAUCCGAAAUGGUCCAAAUCCUCGACACAGACCCCUGAGAGCUCUCCAUUUCUGCGAAGCAGAUGGCAUGUUGCACUCCUUACAAUUCUCCAAUGGCUGUGCCACUUAUUGCAGCCGCUACGUUAACACUUACAAGUACAAGCUAGAGGAAGAAGCUGCCUCUCCUGUCAUCCCAAAUGUCUUAUCAGGCUUCUACGGCCUGCUCGAUGGUUUUCGCUUUUUUGCUUUUCUGCUGAAAAUCAUAGCGGGACAAAUAAAUCUCAUGAAUGGGUUUGGAGUAGCCAAUACUAGUCUCGCCUUCAUUGGGAACAAACUCUUAGCUUUAUACGAAGCGGAUCUUCCAUAUGAAAUUAAGUUAACGAAAGAAGGUGAUAUUGAGACGUUAGGCCGAUGGAAUAUUGAUAAGAUGCUGUUUGCAAGCUUCACUGCUCAUCCUAAAUUCGACAUGGAAACCAAGGAGACCUUCGCUUUUAGGUACAGUCCGGUGUUUGCCCCUUACCUUUCCUUCUUCCGUUUCGAUGAAAAUGGCGUUAAGCAGAAGGAAGUGCCAAUCCUUUCCAUGAAGAAGCCAUGUUUCAUUCAUGAUUUUGCUAUAACGAGGAGAUACGCAAUCUUUCAAGAGACUCAGUUAGUGCUUUCACCAUUUAAAGUUGUGAUGGGAGGAGGACAGCUCGUGGAUUAUGAUCCAAAGCAUAUUCCAAGAAUUGGGAUUAUCCCGAAAUAUGCCACAAGUGAUUCAGAGAUGAAGUGGUUUCAUGUUCCGGGGCUUAAUGUUCUUCAUGCGGUGAAUGCAUGGGAGAAUGACGAGGAUGAUGAGGAGAUUGUUCUUGUGGCAUCCAAUGUCAUCACCAUAGAAAAUAUGUACGAUCAAUGGCUCAAAUUUUCGGUAGAGAAGAUAAGCAUCAACAUGAAGACAGGAAAAGUUGUCCGAAGUAUCCUUUCUCCGAGAAAUUUAGAAUUCGGAACCAUAAACACUUCCUACAUAGGUAAGAAAAAUCGUUAUGCGUAUUUUGGAGUUGUGGAUGAAGUUGCCAAAUUUUCUGGUAUUGUGAAACUUGACAUUGAGACAGGACAAGAAGUUGGGAGAAGAUUUUAUGGAAAAAGUUGCUUUGGAGGGGAGCCAUUUUUUGUGGCAAAAGAAGCAGAACAUGUUGAAUCCGAUGAAGAUGAUGGGUACGUGAUGAGUUUUGUGCAUGAUGAAAAAACAGGUGAGUCAAAAUUUCUGGUGAUGGAUGCCAAGUCGCCGGAGCUUUCAGUAAUGGCGGUGAUUAAGCUACCACGGCGGGUACCGUAUGGGUUUCAUGGUCUGUUCUUGACCAAGGAGAAAUAUAUAUAUCUCUGAAAAUUAAUAUCCAUCUAUAAAUAAUUAAUUUUACUUCAAAAUUGAAAGUUUGUAGCUUUGCUUUUUCUGUUUUUAUGGACCAAAAUGUAUUGUGAUAUAUUGUAACUUUUACUUCAUGCAUGUGCAAGUUUUUUUUUAGUAUAAUUUAUCGGUAUUUUACAGUUUACAAUACAUAAAAAGAAUUUACUACA